AUGAUCAAAUUUGUUGUUGCUGUCCUAUUUGAUUUAUUUUUCGUGGCACGAAACGAUUGGGUACCAUUUGAAUUUAUGUAUGAGCGUAGACCAGAUUGGUGCAUUGAUGAAGAUCCAUUAUGUCCAACACUUAAAGGUUGGUGUAUUAAUGCUAAUAAAACACGAGAAAAUUAUAUGAAGAAAGCUUGUCGACGGACAUGUCAUAUGUGCUAUGAGGGAAUGAACAAUACGAAAACAUGUUAUGAUAAGGAGGAAAAUUGUGCUACACGGGAAAUUGAUUGUUUUUCUGAAGCAACUGCUAAACGUAUGUAUGAUUUGUGUCCAGAAACAUGCGGAUUUUGUAAUAAUAUUUGCGCUGAUUUGGCAACAAAUUGCGCUGAAUUAAUCGAUUACUGCAUGUUUUCCUAUUGGCAUCAAGCGGUAAUGCAGUCCAGAUGUCGUUUAACAUGUUCAUUUUGCAGAGUAUAUGAUCGAGAAAAUUUCGAACCUACAGAUUGUUCGGAUAACUUGAGCUAUUGCAGAUACAGAAGGAAUCUUUGUGAGCGUAUUGAGCAUCAGCAUGACAUGCGUACAGAUUGUUCCUAUACGUGUAACUUUUGUGAUCAUAUCGAAACUGAAGAGGAUAUUCCAACAGAAUGCAAUGAUUCUGAAAUUGAUUGUAUCAGAAAGAGACAUUUAUGUUACGUCGAGGGACGUCAUAGCUACUAUAUGUGGCGUAAUUGUAAGCGUACCUGUGGUUAUUGUCCACAGUAUAAUUUAAGUAACACAUCAACAGAUGACACUUAUGAUUCUUACUAUUACUAUUAUUAG